CGGCGCACCACCAAUGUCAAAAACUCCGCUCUGCCUUGACUGACCUCGGGAUUUGUAAUGACGUCGCGCUAACUGCUUUUAAAGACAGACAGAGGGUUUAGCUUCACAUCUAUUUACGUUGAAGGCCAAUCGAACCGGACAAGAUGCGCCUCACGUUGCAAAUGUUGAUCUCGCACGGCCGGGUGGCCCGGAAGAUGGGUCUCGGUCCGCAGUCCCGACUCAACAUGCUGCGGAACAUCUUGACCGGACUGGUCCGACACGAGAGGAUCGAAACCACGGCGGCCCGAGCGGACGAAGUCGUCUUCUACGCCGAAAAGCUCGUGGACUACGCCAAGAAGGGAGACACUGAUGAGAAGGCGAUGAAAAUGGCCACGUUUUGGCUGACGGAAAAGGAUCUGGUGCCAAAGCUCUUCAAGGUCCUUGCUCCGCGGUUCGAGACUCUGUCGAAAGGCUACACGCGGAUGGCACGCCUUCCCAACAGAGCGAACCUGGACAGAGCAAAGAUGGCCGUCGUGGAGUACAAAGGCAACCCCUUCCCACCUCUUUAUCCUGUGAAAAAAGAGAAUGAACUGACACUCCUCAACCAGCUGCUCAAAGGCUACAGAGAGGAGAGGGGAGCGUUAUCCACCAAAGCCUAACUAUCAACCUCCUGGUGUUGGAUCAGGGGUUGUGGAUGCUGAAGGAUGAUGGUCAGGUGCUGAAAUGACUCCGAGGAGUCACUUGCAGAGGCUGCAGAUUGUGGCUUAUUGACACUGAUCCAUUUCUUCAACGAAAAACUGUUCAAAAGUCAAGAACAAUUCUUUUUAAGGAUUUCUGACCGGUUAUGUAUUAAUAAAUAUUAUCUGUUAACAGAACUAAGAGAUUUAAGCCUAACUUUUUCUUAACAAGUUUGGCCAAACCAGUCUGAUACAAAGGAAAUAUACUGAAUUUAGUAUUGCAAUUCCAUUAAAUAAGGGGACAUGUCAAAAGUGGUCCUCAAAGCAGAAGAUGAGGAUAUAUCCUGACUUUUACUCUGUAGUUCGGGUCAAGCUCCAAAACCACUGGAUCCUACAUUUACCAUAAUGCAUCUGUGAUUAAAGCCCACAUGCUUCUUAUAUUCCACUUCAUUCAGAAACAGAAAUUGGGCAUUUCUGGAGAAUCCCUUCAUGAUGAAUGUGUGAACAUGCUCUUAUGCUGUAUUAUAUUACACUAUAUAGUGUUUUAUUAUGUUGUCCUCUUGGCGGACAAACCAAAAAAAUAGAAGCACAAAUAAAGUCAGUCAUUUCCUUUUU